UCUUUUCAUUGACGAUCCUGAAAUCCGUUCUCAAAUUAGAAACUUUGUUGCGUAUUUUGCGAAGUUUAUUAUACUGAAAAAGUAUUCCGUAUACCUUGUAUACCGUGAUCUAUCGCCAUACACAUCCUUAAUUUCUACGAGUCACGAUUCUCGAAUUGCUAUCAUUGUUUUUAUAAACUUGACAACGGAGCGGACUUUGAUACCGGUUUCUUGUUACGCGUGAAGCGGUUUCACUUCAUUCUGUCGUUGACCGUCGCCGAACAUGGACCAAUUGCGUUUUGAUGGACGCGUCGCAGUGGUUACGGGCGCUGGCGGUGGCCUGGGCAAGGCCUACGCCCUAUUGUUAGGUUCCCGGGGUGCCAAAGUUGUUGUCAACGAUCUCGGAAGCGGUCGUGAUGGAUCUGGAAAGUCAAACUUCGCGGAUGCCGUUGUCAAAGAAAUUAAGGACAAAGGUGGAGUGGCUGUGGCCGAUUACAACUCCGUUGUCGAAGGAGAGAAGAUUAUUAAAACAGCAAUUGAUAACUUUGGCAGAAUUGAUAUCCUUAUCAACAAUGCUGGCAUUCUGCGUGAUAAGAGCUUCACUAAAAUGUCCGAACAAGACUGGGACCUUAUCCAUGCGGUGCAUCUCAAAGGCGCGUUCAAGACUACGCACGCGGCAUGGGAGACCUUCAGAAAACAAAAGUACGGUCGCAUCAUCAUGACAUCCAGCAAUGCCGGCCUCUUCGGCAAUUUCGGGCAGGCUAAUUACAGCGCCGCCAAGCUCGGUCUAGUUGGUUUGGCCAACACCCUGGCUCUCGAAGGUGCUAAAUACAACAUCAAAGUGAACACCAUCGUACCGACUGCCGCGUCCCGUCUUACUGAAGACAUUCUACCGCCUGAAAUGUUCCAGGCCAUGAAGCCCGAGUUGAUCGCUCCUGUUGUGGCUUACAUGGUUCACGAAUCAUUCGAGGACUCUGGUGCCGUAAUUGACUCAACACUCGGAUUCGCCACUAAGACGCAUUUGGUCAGGAGCAAUGGAGCUCCUUUGAAAAAGAAGCCUUCCGAUGAAGUCACCAUCGAAUCAGUCAAGGAAAGCUGGUCCAAAGUAGUCAACAUGAACGGCGCUAAACAUCUGCAGAAGAUCGCCGAUGUCACACUCGAUCUGGUUGACAAGUUACAGGAGUUCGAGGAGCGUUCUAAAUUGGACAGUGAGCGCGACUCCUACUGGACUACAUACGCGUACAAUGCUAAGGACCUCGUCAUCUACGCUCUUGGAGUCGGUGCAUCAGUAUCCAACGCGAGUGACCUGAAGUUCCUGUACGAGAGCCACGAGGAAUUCUCGCCGCUGCCGACGUUCUUCAUCCUCGCCGGCAUGUGUAUGGAGGCGCCUGUCGUGCAGAACGCCAUGCCCCCGGGCAAGCACGCCGACUUUACCAACAUCCUUCACGGAGAGCAAUAUAUCGAGUUUGUUGGCGACUUCCCCGGCACAGAGGGUGCUUUUACGACUCGUUGUUAUGUCGUCGAUAUCUUGGACAAGGGUUCCAGCGCUGUGGCUAUUGUUAACAGUGAAAUCUACCAGAACAAACAGCUGAUAUGUCGCACGCAGCAGCACAUCUUCGUUCUGGGGCAGGGUGGGUUCGGAGGCCCGCGCAACAGCAAGUUGGCCGUGGGAGUAGAGAACGCACCCAAACGCGCCCCCGACGCUGUCGUGGAGCAGCGCACUGCUGAGGACCAGGCCGCUGUCUACAGAAUGUCUGGUGACUUGAACCCAUUGCACAUCGAUCCCAACGUAGCCACCGCCAGUGGACACCAGAAACCAAUCCUCCAUGGAUUGGCUUCUCUUGGAUUCUCCGCCAGACAUGUUUUGGCUAAGUACAGCAACAACGACGCUAGCAACGUGAAGGCGUUGAAGGCGCGUUUCGUGAAGCCCGUGCUGCCCGGACAGACGCUCGUCACAGAAAUGUGGGUGGAGGGCAACCGUGUGCACUUCCAGACCAAGGUCAAGGAGAGUGGCAACGCUGUCAUCGCAGGAGCAUACAUGGACUUAAAGAAAGUGUCGUCUGGUGGAGCUCCCGCCGCCGUUGCGCCAGCGCCCUCCGGAGGGGCUCUGAAGAGUGACGCCCUCUUCGCUAAAAUCCAAGAAGAAGUGAAGAAGAACCCUGCCAAGGCCAAGGCUGUCAAUGGAGUAUUUGUCUACAACAUCACUGAAAAUGGAAAGAAUGUUAAGCAAUGGACUCUUGACCUCAAGACACCGGAAGUGUACAAUGGAGCACCAAAAAGCGGCAAAGCCGAUACCACAAUGACCAUCUCUGAUGAGGAUCUUGUUCAAGUUGCCGCAGGUACUCUCAACCCUCAAGUGGCAUACAUGAAGGGCAAGCUCAAGAUUGCUGGAAACCUAAUGCUGGCUCAGAAACUUGGACCACUUUUGAAAUCAGAGGCAAAGAUAUAAACUUGUUCAUAAAAUAAGAAGCUUUAACGGGAAUGGAUACUUCGAAGAGUGGUGUUAAAAAUGUAUUGUAAUGCCAGGAAAUGCAUUGUUUUUAUAUUUAUAAAGUACUGGAUAUUUUAUAACUGUGAUAGUCAUAUAUUAUGUGUUUCUGGUGUUAUAAUUUUUGUUACUGGAUUCCAUUAGUGUAAGUAUUGUUAUAUUAUGGUGAUGGAAAUAUACAUCAAUGCCACAA